AUGAGGACAUCCAGGAAGGGCAGCGUGGAGAUGCCUGCAUUUGUGCGGCAGCUGGUGAAAGAGACAGAGAAAAAGGUGAGCUCUUUCUUCAAGGGGAGCCGUGGAGGAGGAGGAGCAGCAGAGGGGGAGAAGCCAGGGGAGGGGGAGAAGGAGGAGGUCAUCCCCAGCCCCUACCUGGACAGGCCGGUCCUGGACAAGCUGGCAGAGGAGGGCUGUGCCCGCUGGGGUCUCACCUACGCCCUGGGGAGCAUGCAGGGCUGGAGGGCCAACAUGGAGGACUUCCACAACUGUGUGCCACAGCUGGGUGGAGAGUUUGCAGACUGGAGCUUCUUCGCUGUGUUUGAUGGGCAUGCAGGCAGCACGGUGGCACAGCACUGCUCCCAGCACCUUCUGGGUCACAUCCUCGCCACAGGUGGAAUAGGACCAGAGGAUGACCCAGAAAGGGUGAGAGGUGCCAUCGUGGAAGGCUUCCUGCACACUGACAAGCACUUACACUCAGUGGCACGUCGAGAAGGCUGGGAGAGAGGUGGCACCACUGUGACAUCCUCCCUCAUCUCACCCUAUUACAUCUACUUCGCCAACUGUGGAGACUCGAGGGCCAUGCUGUGCCGGUCUGGCCAGGUCUGCUUCUCCACUGAUGACCACAAACCCUACAGCCCACUGGAGAAAGAGCGUAUUGAGAGCGCAGGCGGCUCAGUGUCCCUCCAGAGGAUCAACGGUUCCCUAGCAGUCUCCCGCGCUCUGGGGGACUUCAGCUACAAGGGAGCAGAGAACAGAUCGCCCGUCCAGCAGAUGGUGUCCCCGGAGCCAGAGGUUUUUGUGGUGGAGCGCUCUCCAGCAGAUGAGUUCCUGGUGCUCGCCUGCGAUGGCGUGUGGGACACCAUCAGCAACGAGGAGCUGUGCGCCUUCAUCCAUAACCGGCUGAGCGUGUGCACUGAUCUGAGGGAUGUCUGUACUCAAGUCAUUGACCUCUGUCUCUACAAGGGCAGCCUCGACAACAUCAGCAUCAUCCUGCUGUGCUUCCCUGGAGCCCCCCAGCUGUCAGCAGAGGCAUUACACCAGGAGGCCGAACUGGAUGACCUGCUAGAGUCCAAAGUAGCAGAAAUCUACGAUGAGCUAUAUGCCAGGGGCGAGGAACCUGACCUGCUGUCUGUCCUUACAGUCCUCGCAUCUACCGUCAUACCUGGAUUACCACCAGGGGGGGGAAUACAGAGCAAAAGAAACUGCAUUAUUUCUGCCUACUAUCAACAAAGAGAGAUGCACGGGCCAUCAGUACCGAAUUGAGGCUCCUGAGAAGCUCCACCGGGCUCGUCUCCGAGGAUCCGUGGAG